CUUAACUCCAAGGUCUAACUUCAAGUUAGCGAUCCGUCCCAACCGCAGACAGUCCUUUCUGACCAGGUCAGCAGAUCAGUAACUGAACAAGAAAAGAUGGGAGACUGGGGAUUUCUGUCAACCUUGCUGGACAAGGUCCAGUCGCACUCUACAGUGAUCGGGAAGAUCUGGAUGAGCGUCCUGUUCCUGUUCAGGAUCAUGGUUUUGGGCGCGGGUGCUGAGAGCGUCUGGGGAGACGAGCAGUCGGGUUUCACCUGCAACACUCAGCAACCUGGUUGUGAGAACGUCUGCUACGAUUGGACCUUCCCCAUCUCGCACAUUCGCUUCUGGGUCCUCCAGAUCAUCUUCGUCUCCACGCCGACACUGGUCUACCUGGGCCACGCCAUGCACAUCAUCCAGAAGGAGAACAAGCUGAGGGAGCAGCUUUCGAGCCCCGCUGGGACCAGGCUGGUCAAAAUGCCCAAAUACACGGACGAAAGGGGAAAGGUGAAGAUCAAGGGGAACCUGCUCGGGAGCUACCUGACCCAGCUCGUGGUCAAGAUCCUCAUUGAGGCCGCCUUCAUCGUGGGCCAGUACUACCUGUACGGCUUCAUCAUGGUCCCCAUGUUCCCCUGCUCCAAGAAGCCCUGUCCCUUCACCGUGGAGUGCUACAUGUCCCGACCCACAGAGAAGACCAUCUUCAUCAUCUUCAUGCUGGUGGUGGCCUGCGUCUCUCUGCUUCUCAACUUCAUCGAGGUGUUCUACCUGCUCUGUACCCGGGUCAGGUGCGGGUCCAGGGGUCGCACCCACAAGGUCACGUCGGCGGAGAACCCCGCCAGCCUGUCGGCUCCCAGGUGGCCGACUGUGGAGGACUCACUCAAGCAGAACAAGAUGAACAUAGAGCUAGAGAGCAGCCAGAGCAUCGGAGGAAGCCUGGACGGGGCCAAAGAGGAGAAACGACUACUGAGUGGUCAUUAAAAGUUUUUCUUCUCCGCGGUUCCUCGUUCAGAUACUUAAAAGAGACUGAAGAGAAGAGUUCUCACUAUGUAUGUGUGCAAAUCACGACAGAACAUCAGGAAAGCUUUAUCAUUGUGUAGCGAAGUGAUAUUCAUGCUGAUAAAAAGUUUUUAGGGCCACAUUUUGAGAAUUUUACAUUUAUUUUGUGUUCUUUAACUGGAAAUCUAACAAUGGAAAACGUGCAAUAUUGAUAAAGUAUUUAUGUUCUUUUGUUAAUCUAACUGUCCCCAGUUAUUGAAUGUGUCCUUUAACUUAUUGCCAUGUUCAUUAUCUAGGACUAAUAAAUAAUUUACUCAGUGAAUGAUGAUGAUGAUGAUUGAGUCUGUUUCUACUGUGUGUAGUAGAUAUUUUUGUAAGCUGUAUUUGUUUUUAAUAAAUGAUUCAAUUUGGA